GUAGACAUUCUGGAGGCGACGCACAUGGCUCUACGUCAGGCCGCAUCGCUGCUACACAUGACGGGCCGCCACAGGACACAGGACGAGGAGAUGCUCCACCUGAUGCGGAGACACUCGUUGAUCCUGCCCAGCAUGCAGAGAUGCCGCCGUCGCCUCCUCAGGCUGCAGAUGUAUUGGAGGAGCGCCGAUAUGAGCCAUAUAGCGCAGCUGUAGAAGCUGCGCCACUACCGCCGGAUUCUAUUCCGGAUCAGCGAGCCCACGACCCGGCCAAGGUGAAGGAGGAUUGGGAUGCUUAUCAUGAUUUGCGACUUAUCGCACAGCAGAGGUAUGAACAAGCAAGGCGUAGAUGCCUCGAAUUGAAAGGUACCGAGCGACCUACUAGGCGCGGCCGCAGUAGUACCAAGCCACAGAACCUCGUCCCAGAUAUUCGUCGGAGGGCCGUGAUCCGAUGGGAGAACGGCGUGCCUGAGACAUGA